AUGGCAGGUGAAGGCAUCUCCCCUCAGGAAGUUGAGUCACUUUGUAAAACUCCACAUCCUUCAACUAAGGACUUUAUGUUCCAACAGACUAUGUACCGUAUCAAGGACCCCAGGAAAUCCAUCCCAUUUUACACAGGAGUACUAGGAAUGACCCUGUUGAAGCAACUUCACUUCCCUGAGAUGAAAUUCUCGCUAUUCUUCAUGGGAUAUGAGAACCCUUCAGAUAUUCCUCAUGAUGAGAAAACAAGGACAUCUUGGGCAAUGACCAGGAAAGCGACUCUUGAACUUACAUACAACUGGGGCACAGAGAAUGAUGACUCAAGCUACCACAAUGGCAACUCGGAUCCAAGAGGAUUUGGUCACAUUGGUAUAUUAGUGCCUGAUGUUGAUGAAGCAUGUGCAAGAUUCGAGCAGCAAGGCGUGAAGUUCAUAAAGAGGCCUCAAGAUGGCAAAAUGAAGGGCCUCGCUUUCAUCCAGGACCCGGACGGUUACUGGAUCGAGAUCUUCAAAGCUGAUGUUGUGUGUUAA